AUGGAAACAGAUUUGUCAGGUGGUAUUAUUAGAUUGGCUCCGUGGAGAAUAAACUCAUUGCACUGGACAUCUGAUGCAGCUAGGUUAAUUCGUGUAAGGGCAUGGUCUGUCCAGACUCUGAACAAACAUUUGUUUAUUACUGGAUAUAGUAAUAUCAAAAGAAUGAGAGAAAAGCGUGAGAGCGAGAGACAACGACGGAAAGAGAGGAGCCCCGAUUGUGUCAUCGAAUCGGAACAAAAUGCAGAUACUCCCGUGUGA